UGUGGGGGGAAAUGAGUGAAUAUAAUGAUGCAAUUUACAAAGAGUAUAAAGAGACAACAACGACAAAUUUCCAAAAGCCCUCUCUUUUAUUUUUCAGCGAAUGGAAUUUCUUCCUCCUCCUCUUCUUCUCCAACUAUUUUUUGCUUUCCUUGUCUCAAAUUAGGGUUUUUAGCCUUCCUUUUUCUGCUCCGUUUUGUAUCGCAAAUUUGUAAACUCAAUCUAUUUAUCUCUAUAUAUAAAUAUUCCAUUGAUUCUUGUGCUGCUAACUGAAUUUUCGAGCGAUGUGAUUCAGAUGUCUCAGAUGUAGUACAGAAGGAAGAUAUGCACAUAAACUUGUAGCAUUGACUAAAUAACAGAAACAAAAUUGCAAGGGAUGGGAGGUUGUUGCUGUUCUUCCGGAAAAUCUCAUCUGCAUGGAACGCCUGUAUAUUAUUAUUGUCCACCAGUUAUGGAAGAGCACGAAACCUUGACAUCUCACAGUGGUGUAGCCUCUACAUUCACUGCAGGUCUCCUGGCUGAAUUGAAUCUGAAUACAUCAACACCAGAUACUUUUCGAGCCCCUCCUGCUCCAUUGCCAUAUGAUGUGGUUUUGGGAUGUCAAAGAUCAUCAGAUUCUGAAUCGAUUAGAGAAACAAUUAGCGGCGGCAGUUUUGAAACUUUGGCUACGUAUGAGGAUCUUGAGGAUCCAGAUUGCAAAGCUCUACCAAGUUCCUUACCUCCCUCGCCAAAAAAGCCAGAAAUAUCAGAAGCAAGUGAUAAUGCUGUUUCAGCAUCUGAAGAAGAGGACGCUUGUCCCAUUUGUCUUGAAGAAUAUGACUCUCAAAAUCCAAGAUUUCUGACGAAAUGCGAACAUCAUUUUCACCUCUCUUGCAUUCUGGAAUGGAUGGAAAGGAGUGACACCUGCCCAAUAUGUGAUCAGGAAAUGGUAUUUGAUCACGCCUUCAACUAGUAGCUGUUUAAUGCUUUUCCAAGAUGAAGAUUUUAUUAGUCACCUCAACUGAGAGCUCGCCAACUUAGUGGGCCGCAGUUGCAUGUAAGUUUCGUCUUGCAACUGCUCAGUCGAGUGUACUCACAGACACUUUUUAAUGUUGGUCUUGAUUGGUUUGAAGGUUGGAAAUAGUGAUUGCCUGUGGGAAGGUCAAAAGUAGGAAAAUGGAUUUUUAAUGCAGAACAAAAACAAAUUGGCAGCUCAUUGUUAAUACUUUAGUUGUUAGUUUUCAAGUGAAAUUGCAGAUAGACACAUGUUCAUCAAGGGAUCUCAGGAAAAGGAAAAAAAAAAGGAGCAACCUAUAAGAAAUUUUCUGCAAACAAAUGGUCAGUUAAUUACAUCCCUUUGCUCCUGUAUUUACUUGUUUGCUGCAUUCAACUGGGUCCGGUCUCUUGCUUCUGGAGAUUAUAUUGUAAAUAGAAUAUGUUAGGUUUUGUUUGUGUUAGUGUUAUAGAAUGAUCAGUGAAAAGAUAUGGUGUGUUCUAUUUUUUUUUUUCCUGGACUCCGGUUCAAUCAAUAUUUUCCGUUUCACAAACGUGUUGGAAAUUUGGCGUUUCAGACAUGAAACUUCAUUUUUGAUAUAUACAACCUUAAAUUUACAAUGUUUCGCCA